UUAGUUGCCAGUUGCUGACAGUAGCUGGAAUCGACGAUAUGCGAAUUCGAUGCCUCCCGCAGAUCGUUCCACGUUCUCCACAGCGACACAUGCAGCUCCCGGAUAGAAACGCCCCAGAACGCUUGCAGCGAGUACUUCACCUGACUGGACACCGCUAGGCGUACCUCUGGAAAAAUACAAUCUACCCUUCAGAUGGACAUCCGGCGAGUCGAAAGCGGAAGGAGUUAUCAAAGCCAUACAGGAAAGAUCACGGGGCAGCAGUAGAAUGGACCGGUACGAAAAGCUCAGCCGGCUGGGCGAGGGUUCGUACGGAGUGGUGUACAAGUGCCGCGACCGGGAGACGGGUUCGCUCGUUGCGGUCAAGCGCUUCGUCGAGUCCGAGGACGAUCCGGCCAUACGCAAGAUCGCGCUGCGAGAGAUACGACUGCUGAAGAACCUGAAGCACCCGAACCUGGUCUGCCUGCUGGAGGUGUUCCGGCGGAAGCGCCGUUUGCAUUUGGUGUUUGAGUUUUGCGAGCAUACAGUGCUGCAUGAGCUAGAGCGACAUCCGGAGGGUUGCCCCGAUAACCUCACGAAGCAGAUUACGUACCAAACGAUUCAGGGCGUCGCCUACUGCCACAAGCAAGGCUGUCUUCAUCGGGACAUCAAACCGGAAAAUAUUCUGCUUACGGCUCAGGGACAGGUGAAGCUGUGUGAUUUUGGUUUUGCCCGUAUGCUAAGUCCCGGUGAAAAUUACACAGACUAUGUAGCAACACGAUGGUAUCGAGCGCCGGAACUGCUGGUCGGGGACACACAGUACGGUACGCCGGUGGACGUAUGGGCCAUCGGGUGUGUGUUCGCGGAGCUGGUACGCGGCGAUGCUCUCUGGCCCGGCCGUAGUGAUGUCGAUCAGCUGUACCUGAUCAGACGCACGCUCGGCGAUCUUCUACCUCGACAUCUGGCCAUUUUCAAUCAAAAUGAGUUCUUUAAGGGUAUAACGCUUCCCGUGCCUCCGACACUGGAAACACUCGAAGCCAAGAUGCCAUCACGUACCUUAGCCAAUCCGUUGAUGAUGGAUUUUCUAAAGAAAUGUUUGGACAAAGAUCCGGCCAAACGUUGGUCCUGUGAGCGGUUGGCAACGCAUCAGUACUUUGAGGAUUAUAUUACCAAACAGAAGGAGAUCGAGCAAACGAUUACGCUAGAACAGAAGCAAAGCGGUAACCGGGAACUUAAGCCGAAAACUUCAAACACCUCGCUACCGCAGCUACCCGGAACGCAAGAGUCGCGUGUACCACAGAAAAACCUUUUCCUACGGUCCGACCAUCACUUGCCAACCAUAUAAAAGCAGCUACGAGGGCUUUGAGGAACAGGGAGGGGUUUGAGGAAUAGAGCUGAAGCGCACGUAGCACAACCCGCAUUCGUUUGCUCAGCUGCACUUGUGCGCCUUUGCAUGCGAUCGUAGAUGUGCCCAGCAAGGAGAGAAAAGCAUCGCUAGCACAGCAGCAAGAUAUGUUCGUGCGAGAUGUAUUUCGUUCCGUUACGCCUCUGUUACAUCCCCUUGCUUUAGUUCAACGCGCAAACAUCUUGACAGGACUGAACGAUAUUUCAUUGCAAUGAUAUAGAGUAAAAAGUAU